GUCAGCUAUGGGGAGCAUACAGCAGAGAAACCUUUGCUAUUUGGCCCUUGUCUUUUUCCUCCUGACGUCUUCAUCACCAGCUACAGAUGGUCAGAUCAGACUAACUGGGUCCGGGUCUACUCAGUGCUCUGGAAGAGUUGAAAUCUAUCACAACAACACCUGGGGAACAGUCUGUGAUGACAGCUGGGACUUAAAUGAUGCUGAGGUGGUGUGCAGGGAGCUGGACUGUGUUGCAGCACUGAGUGCCCCUCAGUCGGCCCAUUUUGGUCAAGGAACCGGUCAAAUCUGGCUUGAUGAGGUGGGCUGUUCAGGAAGUGAAAGACUAGGUAUUCCGAUCAGACUAGCUGGGUCCGGGUCUACUCGGUGCUCUGGAAGAGUUGAAAUCUAUCACAACAACACCUGGGGAACAGUCUGUGAUGACAGCUGGGGCUCAAAUGAUGCUGAGGUGGUGUGCAGGGAGCUGGUCUGUGGUGGAGCACUGAGUGCCCCUCAGUCGGCUCAUUUUGGUCAAGGAACCGGUCAAAUCUGGCUCGAUGAUGUGGGCUGUUCAGGAAGUGAAAGGUCUCUAACUCAGUGUCAGCACGGAGGAUUUGGGAAACACAACUGUGGACACAGUAAGGAUGCUGGUGUCAUCUGUUCAGGUGUUCCGAUCAGACUAGCUGGGUCCGGGUCUACCCGGUGCUCCGGAAGAGUUGAAAUCUAUCACAACAACACCUGGGGAACAGUCUGUGAUAACAACUGGGGCUCAAAUGAUGCUACAGUGGUGUGCAGGGAGCUGGGCUGUGGUGGAGCACUGAGUGCCACUCAGUCGGCCCGCUUUGGUGAAGGAACCGGUCAAAUCUGGCUUGAUGAGGUGGGCUGUUCAGGAAGUGAAAGGUCUCUGACUCAGUGUCAGCAUGCAGGAUUUGGGACACACAACUGUGGACAUGGUGAGGAUGCUGGAGUGGUCUGUUCAGAUGGUCAGAUCAGACUAGCUGGGUCCAGGUCUACUCGGUGCUCCGGAAGAGUUGAAAUCUAUUACAACAACACCUGGGGAACAGUCUGUGAUGACAGCUGGGGCUCAAAUGAUGCUGAGGUGGUGUGCAGACAGCUGGACUGUGGUGCAGCACUGAGUGCCCCUCAGUCGGCCCAUUUUGGUCAAGGAACCGGUCAAAUCUGGCUUGAUGAUGUGGGCUGUUCAGGAAGUGAAAGGUCUCUAACUGAGUGUCGGCACGGAGGAUUUGGGACACACAACUGUGGACAUGGUGAGGACGCUGGUGUCAUCUGUUCAGGUGUUCCGAUCAGACUAACUGGGUCCGGGUCUACUCGGUGCUCUGGAAGAGUUGAAAUCUAUCACAACAACACCUGGGGAACAGUCUGUGAUGACAGCUGGGACUUAAAUGAUGCUGAGGUGGUGUGCAGGGAGCUGGGCUGUGGUGCAGCACUGAGUGUCACUCAGUCGGCCCGAUUUGGUGAAGGAACCGGUCAAAUCUGGCUUGAUGAGGUGGCCUGUUCAGGAAGUGAAAGGUCUCUGACUCAGUGUCUUAAUGGAAGUUUUGGGACACACAACUGUGGACAUGGUGAGGAUGCUGGAGUGAUUUGUUCAGAGAGCCUCUCAAAGCCCAGCAUCUCCAUGAAUCCUGCUGGUGUGGUUACCUGGGGUCAGAACAUCAGCAUCACUUGUUCGAUCUUAAUUCAGGUUAAUUUAGACGGAACAUUCCUCCUGCAGCAGACCUCAGGCUCAUUCAGAAAGAACCAAACAUCAAGUAUCAACUCUGCUACCUUCAUUAUACCUAAAGUGAACUUUGAUAACGAAGGAUCGUACCAGUGUCAGUAUCAGACAAGUGUUUCAAGACGAGACUUCAGCUCCCCUUUAAGUGACUCUGUCAGACUCUCUGUUACUGGUGUUCCGAUCAGACUAGCUGGGUCCGGGUCUACUCGGUGCUCCGGAAGAGUUGAAAUCUAUUACAACAACGUCUGGGGAACAGUCUGUGAUGACAGCUGGGACUUAAAUGAUGCUGAGGUGGUGUGCAGGGAGCUGGACUGUGGUGCAGCACUGAGUGCCCCUCAGUCGGCCCACUUUGGUCAAGGAACAGGUCAAAUCUGGCUUGAUGAUGUGGGCUGUUCAGGAAGUGAAACGUCUCUGACUCAGUGUCGGCACAGAGGAUUUGGGUCACAUGACUGUAACCAUGGUGAGGAUGCUGGAGUGGUCUGUUCAGGUGUUCUGAUCAGACUAGCUGGGUCUGGCUCAACUCGGUGCUCUGGAAGAGUUGAAAUGUAUUACAACACCACCUGGGGAACAGUCUGUGAUGACAGCUGGGACUUAAAUGAUGCUGAGGUGGUGUGCAGGGAGCUGGGCUGUGGUGGAGCACUGAAUGCCACUGAGUUGACUCAUUUUGGUCAAGGAACCGGUCAAAUCUGGCUUGAUAAUGUGAACUGUUCAGGAAGUGAAAAGUCUCUGACUCAGUGUCAGCAUGGAGGAUUUGGGACACACAACUGUGGACAUGGUGAGGAUGCUGGAGUGAUCUGUUCAGGUGUUCCGAUCAGACUAGCUGGGUCCGGGUCUACUCGGUGCUCCGGAAGAGUUGAAAUCUAUCACAACAAGACCUGGGGAACAGUCUGUGAUGACGACUGGGACUUAAAUGAUGCUGAGGUGGUGUGCAGGGAGCUGGGCUGUGGUGCAGCACUGAGUGCCCCUCAGUCGGCCCGCUUUGGUCAAGGAACAGGUCAAAUCUGGCUUGAUAAUGUGGCCUGUUCAGGAGGUGAAAGGUCUCUGACUCAGUGUCAGCAUGGAGGAUUUGGGAAACACAACUGUGGACAUGGUGAGGAUGCUGGAGUGAUCUGUUCAGAGAGCCUCUCAAAGCCCAGCAUCUCCAUGAAUCUUGCUGGUGAGGUUACCUGGGGUCAGAACAUCAGCAUCACUUGUUCGAUCUUAAUUCAGGCUAAUUUAGACGGAACAUUCCUCCUGGAGCAGACCUCAGGCUCAUUCAGAAAGAACCAAACAUCAAGUAUCAACUCUGCUACCUUCAUUAUACCUAAAGUGAACUUUGAUAACGAAGGAUCGUACCAGUGUCAGUAUCAGACAAGUGUUUCAAGACGAGACUUCAGCUCCCCUUUAAGUGACUCUGUCAGACUCUCUGUUACUGGUGUUCCGAUCAGACUAACUGGGUCCGGGUCUACUCGGUGCUCUGGAAGAGUUGAAAUCUAUCACAACAACACCUGGGGAACAGUCUGUGAUAACAACUGGGACUUAAAUGAUGCUGAGGUGGUGUGCAGGGAGCUGGGCUGUGGUGGAGCACUGAGUGCCACUCAGUCGGCCCGAUUUGGUGAAGGAACUGGUGAAAUCUGGCUUGAUGAGGUGGGCUGUUCAGGAAGUGAAAGGUCUCUGACUCACUGUCAGCAUGGAGAAUUUGGGACACACAACUGUGGACAUGGUGAGGAUGCUGGAGUGGUCUGUUCAGGUGUUCCGAUCAGACUAGCUGGGUCCGGGUCUACUCAGUGCUCUGGAAGAGUUGAAAACUAUCACAACAACACCUGGGGAACAGUCUGUGAUGACAGCUGGGACUUAAAUGAUGCUGAGGUGGUGUGCAGACAGUUGGACUGUGGUGCAGCACUGAGUGCCACUCAGUCGGCCCGCUUUGGUCAAGGAACCGGUCAAAUCUGGCUUGAUGAGGUGGGCUGUUCAGGAAGUGAAAGGUCUCUGACUCAGUGUCAGCAUGGGGGAUUUGGGACACACAACUGUGGACAUGGUGAGGAUGCUGGAGUGGUCUGUUCAGAGAGCCUCUCAAAGCCCAGCAUCUCCAUGAAUCCUGCUGGUGAGGUUACCUGGGGUCAGGACAUCAGCAUCACUUGUUUGAUCUCAAUUCAGGUUAAUUUAGACGGAACAUUCCUCCUGCAGCAGACCUCAGGCUCAUUCAGAAAGAACCAAACAUCAAGUACCAACUCUGCUACCUUCAUUAUACCUAAAGUGAACUUUGAUAACGAAGGAUCGUACCAGUGUCAGUUUCAGAAAAAUGUUUCAAGUCAAGAUAUCAGCUCCCCUUUAAGUGACCCUGUCAGAGUCUCUGUUACUGGUGUUCCAAUCAGACUAACUGGGUCCGGGUCUACUCGGUGCUCUGGAAGAGUUGAAAUCUAUCACAACAACACCUGGGGAACAGUCUGUGAUGACAGCUGGGACUUAAAUGAUGCUGAGGUGGUGUGCAGGGAGCUGGACUGUGGUGCAGCACUGAGUGCCCCUCAGUCGGCCCAUUUUGGUCAAGGAACCAGUCAAAUCUGGCUUGAUGAGGUGGGCUGUUCAGGAAGUGAAAGGUCUCUGACUCAGUGUCGGCACAGAGGAUUUGCGAAACACAACUGUGGACAUGGUGAGGAUGCUGGAGUGGUCUGUUCAGAUGGUCAGAUCAGACUAGCUGGGUCCGGGUCUACUCAGUGCUCUGGAAGAGUUGAAAUUUAUUACAACAACGCCUGGGGAACAGUCUGUGAUGACAGCUGGGAUUUAAAUGAUGCUGAGGUGGUGUGCAGGGAGCUGGACUGUGGUGCAGCACUGAGUGCCCCUCAGUCGGCCCAUUUUGGUCAAGGAACCGGUCAAAUCUGGCUUGAUGAGGUGGGCUGUUCAGGAAGUGAAAGGUCUCUGACUCAGUGUCGGCACAGAGGAUUUGCGAAACACAACUGUGGACAUGGUGAGGAUGCUGGAGUGGUCUGUUCAGAGAGCCUCUCAAAGCCCAGCAUCUCCAUGAAUCCUGCUGGUGAGGUUACCUGGGGUCAGGACGUCAGCAUCACUUGUUCCAUCUCUAUUCAGGUUAAUUUAGACGGAACAUUCCUCCUGCAGCAGACCUCAGGCUCAUUCAGAAAGAACCAAACAUCAAGUACCAACUCUGCUACCUUCAUUAUACCUAAAGUGAACUUUGAUAACGAAGGAUCGUACCAGUGUCAUGUUUCAAGACGAGACUUCAGCUCCCCUUUAAGUGACUCUGUCAGACUCUCUGUUACUGUAAGUCUUCCAAAGCCCAGCAUCUCCAUGAAACCUGCUGGUGAGGUUACCUGGGGUCAGGACGUCAGCAUCACUUGUUCCAUCUCAACUCAGCAUUUAGGUGGAACAUUCAUCCUGCAGCAGACCUCAGGCUCAUUCAGAAAGACCCAAACAUCAAGUACCAACUCUGCUACCUUCAUUAUACCUAAAGUGAACUUUGAUAACGAAGGAUCGUACCAGUGUCAGUAUCAGACAAGUGUUUCAAGACGAGACUUCAGCUCCCCUUUAAGUGACUCUGUCAGACUCUCUGUUACUGUGAGACUUCCAAAGCCCAGCAUCUCCAUGAAUCCUGCUGGUGAGGUUACCUGGGGUCAGGACGUCAGCAUCACUUGUUUGAUCUCAACUCAGCAUUUAGGUGGAACAUUCAUCCUGCAGCAGACCUCAGGCUCAUUCAGAAAGACCAAAACAUCAAGUACCAACUCUGCUACCCUCAUUAUACCUAAAGUGAACUUUGAUAACGAAGGAUCGUACCAGUGUCAGUAUCAGACAAGUGUUUCAAGACGAGACUUCAGCUCCCCUUUAAGUGACUCUGUCAGACUCUCUGUUACUGUGAGACUUCCAAAGCCCAGCAUCUCCAUGAAUCCUUCUGGUGAGGUUACCUGGGGUCAGGACGUCAGCAUCACUUGUUUGAUCUCAACUCAGCAUUUAGGUGGAACAUUCAUCCUGCAGCAGACCUCAGGCUCAUUCAGAAAGACCCAAACAUCAAGUACCAACUCUGCUACCUUCAUUAUACCUAAAGUGAACUUGGAUAACGAAGGAUCGUACCAGUGUCAGUAUCAGACAAGUGUUUCAAGACGAGACUUCAGCUCCCCUUUAAGUGACUCUGUCAGACUCUCUGUUACUGUGAGACUGCAGCCGCCCAGCAUCUCCCUGACGUCCCCUAACAGAGGUUCAGAGGUCACCAGGGGUGACAGCUUUGUCUUCACCUGCUCCACUUCCUCCCACUAUCCCACUGGUGUUUUCUUCCUCAUCUUCUCUGGCUCCAACAUCACUGACCCCAAGCCAGCAGUCAACCACUCAGCCUCCUUUAACUUCCCUGCUGCUGAGUACGAACACCAGGGCAACUACAGCUGUGUGUAUGAAGUCACAUGGUCUACACGGAAAUACACUUCUCCCAUGGCUGCACCAGUUAGUGUCCUCAUCAAAAUGCCUAUGUUACCGCUGGUCUCCUCAGUAGCAGGUGGGGGUCUGCUGCUGUUCCUGCUGGUCUUGGUGGUGGUCUGUCUGGUUGUCGGAAGAAGACGACGAGCCAAGCAGCCUGGAACCAUCUUCCAAACUCAAUUGUCUGUCAGAGGCAGUAACGAUUAUGAAGAUGACGAGGAUGAGGAGGAGGAGGAGAAGGAAUGUUGACCCUGUACACACCAAUGGGAAACUCAAAGAGGAAGCUGAGAGAAGGGAAGAAGAGGAGAGUGAUGAUGAUCAUGAUUAUGAGGAAGCGGGCCCCGAUGCAAAUUCUAUAAAGGCCACAGUGGUCUGUUUCAGUGUUAAGGACAUCAGAGAAGAAGAACAACAACAAGCAGAAGAAGAAGAAGAUGUAUGUAGAUUAAAUGUGUUGGGGUCACGAAGGAUCAGGUUUGGUUAUUGGCUGAAUCUCAGAGAUAUUCUAGAAAUAUUAAUAAAAUUAUUAAAAUCAAAA